ACCUGUCAAAGCGUCGAAAAAUUUACUAUCCGACAAUGCAAAGGACAUCCUCAAUGAGGGUAGAUUCAGUCGCCUUAGACGUUGAUGGUCCUGGGCAAAUACACAGACUAUCGGGCGAUGAAUUACAAAGGCAGUACUCUUACGCUUCAACAGCACCAUCAGCUCCGGAAGAACCUCGACGCCGAUCGACACAUCCCAGAAGGUCUACUUUAAUGUCCUUGAACAGCAAUAAAGACGACAAAAACAAACUUCGAGCAAGAAAGAGAAGCAAAGCGAGGCUCGCCAAAGCAGAAGAUUGGAUCCCAGAAUGGAGGCGUUUCAGCAUCAAAGAUACUUUUGGUAUUAUUUUUGCUCUUGCCGGAGCUAUUCUUACCUUGAUGUGUUUAACGAGUGCCACCAGUAGCUCCAUGAGCAACGUAUACUUUGCAAGAGUUUACAAACGAGACGGAGGUGUAGGAGAAGCAAGAUUUGGGCUACGAGGUUACUGCAUUUCUACACAAAGCUCCUCCAUGCAAUGCUAUCCCAGCACUGACUUUAUAUAUAUACCAUGGGAUGCGACUACGUCUAAAUUUCUCAAUACGACGUUUCCUACAUGGUUCGAAGAUUCAAUCACUCCAGAUCAAGACAUUGAUCCGCUAGCAACUCCUUCGCCCCCUCACGAUGUAUCUAUCACUGCAGCCAUGAGCAUCUCAGUUAUAUGUGCACUUAUUGGAAUCAUUUGUCAGAUAUCUCGAUUUAUUCGUGGCUUUAGAUAUGGCGAUUCCAAUUAUACCAGAGGAUUUUUGCUUGCAUUCGCCACCGUUACCUCUCUCCUUUCCAUGGCCUUAUCACUUUUGAUGUACUUGAAUGGAUGCCAAGAGUUGGAAACUGAGUAUCCGCAUGUUCAAACUCGCAUAGGACCAUGUUUAGCUAUGAUUGGUACAGCCUUUGGCUGCCUUCUACUCUCUACAAUCUUGUUCUUUGACAAAUUCUUGCAUGAUGAUAGGCAACUUUAUUGAAAGUAGCUUCAGUUUUCAAUAGCUUUUCUUACUUUUCUUUUAUUUAAUAGUUUUAUAUAAUUCCCUUUUGAUUUUCCAUUCAACCUCGUCUUUGCAAAACUUGUAAUUAUUACAUGAGGGAGUGAAUCUUUUGAACUCCAGCCUGAAAAGCAU